CUGGUUAUCCGCGGUCACUGUGCGUCUGCUCACUCGUUUGUCGGCAUUUGCCCGCUCGCUCGCUCUGCCCAUCUACCCAUUCGUCUGCCCCUUUCCUCACUCACUCGGAUGCCCGCUGGCUUGCUGCAUUGUUUGUCCGCCCGUCCGCCUCUUCGUCCUCCCACCCGGCAUUCAUUCAACUUCCGCUCGCAACUCUACUUACUCGCUCGCCCGCCCGCUCACCUCUUUAGUCGUGCGUCUGUCUAUGCAUCUACUCGUCCACGAACUUGCUUGUCCACUCACUCAGUAUGUAUCAUUCCAUUUACUCACUGGCUUGCGUGUCCAUUCUCCGGCCCACUCGCGCACUCGCCCAUCCACCCGGCGCAUAUUUGCGCACCCGCCUGCAUGCUUGCCUACUCGUGCAUGAUCUGUACGGUUACCAUCGCAAACGUUCAGGAGAUGUCAGCGGAAAUCGAAAAAGCCAUACGAGAAACACCUCUAGGCGGCUGGGAUGCAGGGCUUCGACAUCAGUGAUAGUCUUUGCUGAGUCACACACAUGCAACUGCCAAUAUGCAAGGACGACUUGUUGGCCACCGGGUGAGUACACCACUUAUGUAUCUCUUUGGUUCCUUCUCGGUCCCCCCUCGUAUCCUGUGCUCGCCGACAAAGCUCGAAUCGCGAGUCCAUAUCAACGAGCUGAUGCUUGUAUCUUCAGUGCCCUUAUAAUACCUUAUGGCAGCUCGUCUCGGUAAGUCUCGCGUGUGCCGUCGUUGCGAUCUCUGCGCUUGUUUCACCCUCACUCGUACCUCUCCGCAUGUACGCAGUCGCCGGCAUGUCGUCCGCGUA